AUGGAAUCGCCGGAACCGGAAAAGAUGGUGAAUAGGGUGGCCGUGAAGUCAUCGGUGAUAGAUUCGAUAAAAGGGUGUUCGUUAUCUGGAAUAAGGAUUCCUAAAGAGGAGUUGCGGCAGAAGAUCACGAUGCCGGAGUAUUUACGUUUUGCUAUACGUGACUCCAUUGCCUCGAAAGAUAUUGAUUCUGGAAAGCAUCAUUAUGACGGCACUACUACCGCCGGGGAUAAGCCGCUGGUCGUUGCCGCUGAGUGUCCGUUGGUUGUUUUUAUUAACUCCAAGAGCGGCGGGCGCCAUGGACCGGAGCUUAAAGCGAGGUUGCAGGAUUUGAUGGGCGAAGAACAGGUCUUUGACCUUCAAACCGUAAAGCCCCAUGAGUUCGUUCAGUAUGGGUUGGGUUGCUUGGAGAGGUUUGCUGGUCUUGGAGACAACUGUGCCAAAGAAACUCGUGAAAGGUUGAGGAUAGUGGUUGCUGGAGGUGAUGGUACUGUGGGUUGGGUUCUUGGAUGCCUAGGAGAGCUUCACAAGCAGGGACGCGAUCCAGUUCCACCAACAGCAAUUAUACCUCUUGGUACAGGAAACGACUUGUCCAGGAGUUUUGGUUGGGGUGGUUCAUUUCCUUUUAACUGGAGGGCAGCCAUAAAAAGGACUCUUGACCGGGCCACUCAUUCUCAGACUAGCCAUCUGGAUAGUUGGAAUCUCUCGAUAUCAAUGCCUGCUGGUGAAGAUUUGGAUACCCCUCAUUCUUUAAAGCAAACAGAGGAGGUUGUCUUUGAUCAGGAUUUAGAAACUGAUGGGAAGUUACCUGAGAAAGUUUCAUGUUAUCAAGGAGUGUUCUAUAAUUACUUCAGCAUAGGAAUGGAUGCCCAAGUGGCUUACGGUUUCCAUCAUUUACGAAAUGAGAAACCUUACCUUGCACAAGGUCCUAUUUCGAACAAGAUGAUUUACUCUGGAUACAGUUGCAAACAAGGGUGGUUUUUUACGCCUUGUAUGGCUGACCCGGGUUUGAGGGGACUAAAGAACAUUUUGAGGCUAUAUGUUAAAAGGCUCAACAGCUCAGAGUGGGAGCUUGUUCCUAUCCCUCCAAGUGUCAGAUCUAUUGUUGCUUUGAAUCUUCAUAACUAUGCAAGUGGAAGAAAUCCAUGGGGUAAGUUGAAGCCGAAAUAUAUGGAAAAGAAAGGUUUUGUUGAGGCUAACGCUGAUGAUGGUCUGUUAGAAGUUUUUGGCUUCAAGCACGGAUGGCAUGCAUCAUUUGUGAUGGUCGAGCUUAUUUCAGCCAAACACAUAGCACAGGCUGCUGCAAUUCGAUUCGAGUUUAGAGGUGGAGCAUGGAAGAAAGCUUUUAUGCAGAUGGAUGGAGAACCAUGGAAACAACCAUUAAAGAAUGAGUUUUCAACCUUUGUCGAUAUCAAAAGGGUGCCAUUCCGGUCAGUUAUGAUCAACGCACAGUGAUUUUAACCGACAUUCUUAACAUAUUUAUCGUUGUAAAUCCUUUCCAUCACUAAACAACUGGUAACUUAGUGUUCUAAAGUACAAUUAGGCUGAGCAGUUGUGUUAUAUAUUAAGUGCUUAAUUAUCUGGUGCCCCAGUUGUAUUUAAAACUUGAUGAGAGAGAGAGAGAGAGAGAGAGAGGGGUCAGAAAUCUUUACAGGAGAUCAGAGCAUGAUGUACCAUUUGGUUUGGUUGGUAAUAUUGUAAACCUUAGUUAAUCAACUGUUGUUUUUAUUUCUAUUUUUUUGGAAAGUUGUUAACCUUAUUGAACA